CAGACGCUGAGUCACAGGCAAAUUGACAUCCCUGCAUGCCAGCUUCGCAGCUUUCCCUGCUGCUGAUGGAGUGCCCAGUGCUGCUUUUUCCAAAUUCAAGGCACAGGACCAGGAUCCCAUGCGAAUGAGGGGAGGGGAGCAGCCAGGACAAUGGCCAAGGACAUCUUGGGGUGGAUGGAGAGAUCUUCAGGCAAAGCGAUGAUGGUCCUGACUACCCUUGGAUACCGACAUGUUAUUAACUGAAGAGCUUCUGGCAGCGUGGCGGCAUGGCCACCGUGGGGUUGGAGUGGAGGCUGUGCAUGCCGGGGCCAUGGUGAGGGCCGGGAGCUCCCAGUGAGGGUGUCAGCUGUGAAAAAAACAUGAAUUUUAACGUCUGGAACAUCAAGGAGAUGUUGAGCACGCCAACAGCCACCGGGCCUAAUAAGUUUUCCAUCCGGAGCAGUGCUCCUAGUGACUACUCGAGUUUGAGCGAUUCUCAGCUGCUCUUCGGCUCCCAGUUCUGCCCGGAGAAUGUGCAGUCGGCAGCAGCGCCGUUGGAGCUGGGCACACAGCUGGGACAGCACAACUCCCAAGACAGUGAGCCCAGUAUUUUUACCAAAUACCAGACAAAACCACUGUUAUUUGAUGAAGAUACAAAAGAAAAAGUUUCACUUAAUUUUGGUGCAGGAAGAGUGAAAAGUGUCUUGGAAAAUUUUGAAGUGAAUAAGAACAAAAUAAAGGACAAAUAUGACCGUGAGGUUUUAAGCACCUUUAUUUCCAGUAUCAAAGACAGGCUUCAAGGGCUGCAAGCAUGCUUGGACAAGUUUGGAGAAAUGUUCGAUUCACGAAACAAAUCCAUUUUGGUUCACCUAGAAACCAUUUCCAAGACACUGCAAGAUACUCUUCAAAGUCAUUGUGCCUCAGUGCUGAAAGCUCUGACAGAUAAAAGCCAAAUGGAGCAGGCACUGCUGGAGAUGGAGAGGAGACUUGCAGCCAAAGAAGUGGAGAUCUUGGAUGUGAAAUCCAGUGUCCAGCUGCUGAAGGAGGGCCUGGAGUCGCUGCCAGCUCAGCUGAGUGAUCAGCACCUGAAGCUGUGUGAAGAACUAGGCUUCCUGAAGCUCCCUAACGCCUUAGCUGAGCUGUACACAUUCAUUUCCAGUGCCAGACUCCCCCCUCAUGUGGCAGAUAACUCUUCCCAGACCUCCCCUGGCCCAUGCCACGACUCUGUUCUGGGUAAGGAGAACGCGUGCUGGCCGUGCUGCCAAGGCAGGGGGGUUUGCAGCUCCUCGAGUCGGUCUCAGCCCCCCUGCGUGGCAGUGGGGGAGCAGCACGGAGACUCCCCGGUGGGGAACCAGGUCACUGGGGAUGGCAUAUCUAAGGGUGACCUAAACACAGCUUCGGGAGGGAAAGUCAGCCCCAUUGCUACAGUGGUAUGUGGCAGAGAAAACACCUCUUUGCAGGAGGUGAAAUACAGUUUGGAAACACAGAGCUGUGCUAACCAACGUUGCAUGUGCUGCACUAACAGUCACUUUUUGGGGUUUAGUCAGAAGAAACACUGUCCUGUACCACAGGAGGUGCCUCUACCAACUCCACUGAGGAAGGCGGUCAGGAGAGGCAAUCAAGGAUUUGAACCCAUGACACCAUCACAACAGAGGCAGCCUCAGGUUUGCCACCUUUCAGUACGAAAAGAUACGCCUGGGCAAAGAAACAAUAACUGGGCCACAGACGGCGAGGUGGAGAAUGCAGCUGCAGGGAACAAAGCAAAACAGAGGCCAGGAAGGAUCCCCUGGAAUAAAGCAAAGGGGAGGAAGAAAACGUGCCCCACUAUGAGAAAAGGCGAGCUCCCUCGAUGUAGUGACGGUGGGCUGAAGCAAAGGAAGGCAAACAGGAUUAUUGAGUUGGAAAGCUCCAGAAAAAAUUGCUUUCCCAGAUACACGGUUGCUCUCAAUUUAGGAAGCUCUAACCCGGUUUUUGCAGCUCCCAGCCAGCAGAUCCUCAGCAGUGCUCAGCUGAUGCUUACAAAGAAUUUCCCAGCAGUGCCAUGCUCCAAUAAAAGUCUGCAACAAGUUGCAGACAAAAGAAAGAGAAGUUUGGAAAUUAAAAAAAGAGCAAAUGUUUCCAGUGUAAAAAGGAAUCUCUGGGAUUCCUCUCCCCAGGAGAAUGUAUUUUCCCUGUGUAGCACAAUAGGUGAAAAACAGAUGAGCUGCUUCAGUCUCCAAAGCCCUGCAGCCUCCAAGAAACCACGUCCUGUCAAUACGCUGGAUCAGCAGAAUACGGCCUGUUGCUCUUUAGUGUUUGAUAGUGAUUAUUCCGAUUGAAGGGGUUUGUUUUGUAGUCGGAGUCCUCAGUGCAGGCUUGGCCAUCUCAGUCGCAGUUUAUUCCUCUAGGUGUGUUACCUGCUUAGUCAGAGACAAGGCUCAUGCCUGGAUGUUUGAAAGUGUUAUUGCCCACGUUGAUAUAUUGUAAGGGACUACGUGGGAUCUGAGGGGAAGCUCUCCCCUGGCUUGGAAAGCUGGUGGGAUCUGUAUUGCUUUAUCCUCCCACUCCCAGAGAUGCCACGGGCUCCGAUUACUGUUGUAUUUACGUAGCAGGGAAGUACCUGCAGAGUCUGCCGACGUUCACUGGGGAGGAGAGGGCUGGCAGAGCACAGACAGGCAGCUCAAUCGGAUUUAGCACUGAGAUCUACUUUAAACUUUUCAACUAGAUAUAUGUAAUAAUAUCUCUGUGGCCAGAGGCUUUACUCUGUUUCUCACUCGUAGUCUCUGUGUUGGUUUGUAUGUCUUAAAGUUCGGCUUUUUAGCUCCCUAGGCAGUAGUAGCAUUGUUCUGGUUGAUUUCGAUAAGGUUCAGAUUUGUCCCAGGAGCUGUUUGUGAGCUUUGGACAGGGAAAUGUUUAGCUGAGGAAAACCAAAUCCCAACAUCUCAGGUUCAUCGACUGUUGCAUUUCUUCUCCUUUUAGGCUGAAAUUUCUUGGUUUCAGAAAAUUCAGGAAAUUAUUUAAUUUCUACUUUAUUUGGCUCUUGUAUCUCUUGGCUCAUCAAGGAAUGGGCCAACAUCAUAUACUUUUCAAGGGCAGUGGUUCUCAAACAGAAGCCAAAAGAUGUGACAUUCAAAUUUAGCAGAUGAAGUCACUGAUGAAUAGUUCUUGUCCUUCAGAAACCUGCAUGUCUCUAGUGAGGAGUCACUCCAAAAUUUUCAAGUCAGAAAGGACCAGCCUGCUCACCUCACCUGGCGUAUACAGCAGCGAGAUUGUUGGGCAGCCCCAAUUCCCGCAAAGCAACUCUUUCCAGGGUACCCAGCUGUGACUAUCAGCAGCUUCCACUGCUUCAGAUAUCACGUUUGAUUUUUUAUCUGAGAUGUUACCAGCAAAAGAAGCAUUUCGGUGUUGCCAAAACAGGUCUAUUGCCACGAAUCCAACCAGUCCAGCUUUGUCGUCCCGAGGGGGAAGACUGGGAUCCCUUUUUCCUGGCUUUAAUAAACUCAUUCUAUCUU